AUAUAUAAUUUUAUUUUAAUUAGCCGUAUCCUUGACGUACUCGUGUCUUAUAUUUUUGGAUUUUGCCAUAUCCCCAUGUCCGUAUCUAUGAUGCUUUCUAGGGUGCAGUUUUCUUCUACUGAAUUGAUGGUUGGAAGUGUCUUCUCAAAAUUUUGUUUUAGUUGGCAUUUCAGCCUAGCUUUGGUAGAUAUGCAAUGCUGGUUGUUGAUGUGAUAGUCAUAAAAUUUACAUGCUUGUUUCUUCAUCUGCAAUUGUUGCUUGAAUGGUUUCUCUUUUCCUUCAAUCUCAUUCUGGUGUUGUUCAAUUCCCUCAUGAAUACUGGAGGUGUAUAAUACAUCUUCUGUUUGCAAACCAUUUCUUUUGUAUGAAGUAUUCAAUAGCUGGUGCUUGCACACUCAUUCCUGGAGCUCGUUUUUUGCAGGGAGUUUUGAGAGACCUUUCUAAGGUUUCAACUGUGGGAACCCAGGAUCCUACUGCGAAGGCUAUUGAACAGAGUGAUGGUGAAGCUAACGACUCAGACGCCAUAACCGCUGCUAAUGAUGUCAUUACUUCUUCAAAUGGAGACAACUCAGCUUUGACUGCUGAUAGUGCUUUGCAAUUUGGUGGAGAAAAGGCGUUUGCAUUUUUCAUGCAGUGCCUUUUCCUUUGCGAAAGGAUAGUCAUUGAGGUUUUCACUACUACAAAGUUUCGGAAGGUUGGGGGGGGGGGGGGGGGGGUAACUAUUUGCAAUAUUAAAAUGGCUAAGACCUGUGUUUCUACCUCCCAAGUCUGCAUUGAGAAAAAGUUAUGCUUAUGCAGGUCCUAUGCAAAUACUACUGGAACUUUGCCAAUGUAUUUGGCAAAUCAGGGUCCAAAUCAUGGUUUUAAACCAGCAAAUUAA